UUCUCUCUCUCUCUCUCUUUCUCUCUCUCUGCUGCCCUGUCUUUUAAAGCUGCUCCGACUUUGCGCAUUCUAACCUCACGGCCAAACCCUCCGGACACAUCACACACACGCUCACACACACACACGCGCCGCCGCAGGCUGAAAGGCGCACGUCUCUCCGCUUUGCAGAGGUCCCAGGACGUACGGCACCGCCACCAUGAGCGAGCGCAUGGACUGCUACUACUGCCGGGACAACCUGCAGGGGAAGAAGUACGUCAAGAAGGACGAGAAGCACGUGUGCACCAAGUGCUUCGACAAGCUGUGCGCCAACACCUGCGCGGAGUGCCGGCGCCCCAUCGGUGCAGACGCCAAGGAGCUGCAUCACAAGAACCGGUACUGGCACGAGGACUGCUUCCGCUGCGCCAAGUGCUACAAGCCGCUGGCCGGCGAGCCGUUCAGCGCCCGGGACGACGGCAAGAUCAUGUGCGGCAAGUGCGGCUCCCGGGAGGACGGCAACCGGUGCCAGGCCUGCUACAAGGUGGUGAUGCCAGGUUCCCAGAACGUGGAGUAUAAGAAGAAGGUGUGGCACGAGGAAUGCUUCACCUGCUUUGAAUGCAAGCAGCCGAUCCGUACGCAGAGUUUUCUGGCUAAGGGCGACGACAUCUACUGCGUCCCCUGCCAUGACAAGAAGUUUGCCAAGAAAUGCUUCCACUGCAAGCAGCCCAUCACCUCUGGAGGGAUCAGCUACCAGGAGCAGCCCUGGCACUCCGAGUGCUUUGUGUGCAGCACCUGUCGUAAACCUCUGGCCGGGGCUCGCUUCACCUCCCACGAGACCGGCGUCUACUGCGUGGACUGCUACAAGACCGACGUGGCCAAGAAGUGCCACGGCUGCAAGAACCCAAUCACAGGAUUCGGCCACGGCACCAACGUGGUGAACUACGAGGGAUACGCCUGGCACGAGUACUGCUUCAACUGCAAGAAGUGCUCCCUCUCCCUGGCCAACAAGCGCUUCGUCAUCAACGAAGAGCACAUUUACUGCCCCGACUGCGCUAAGAAGCUGUAGAGCGCACGCCCAGCUCGGCCGUGGAUCAGGAUCUGAAGUGGAGCCGCACCAAAAGUGACUCCUGGACUGUUUUUGCAUGAAAGAUUGAAAUAACGAUCCAUUCU